UAUUCAAUGAAGGAGCGAAAAAAUGUCGAAAUGUAGCAGGAAACUGCGACAAGAGGAUCGUUUUGACCUUGACAAUCGGAUUGUCCAUAUAGUUGUGCGUCGCGUCGCGUGAGUGAGUCCGGAAAAACCGGUCCGGAAUCUGCUCCGGAGUGAGGAAGAACACAGUGAUAGUAAGAUCGGCCUUGCUGCAGCGGCUGGUGCACCUCAGUCGGCACCGACACGCCGAGUGUGGCUGACAGGUGGAGGCAACAGUGAGGAGAGGUAGAGGUAGGGCAAGGUUUAACGCUGCCGAGCUCCCAAAGUAAACACUGCCAUCUACAGAGGCGGUCUGACAGUUAAUGAGUGAUAGUGAUACGGUGCGAUCAUGAAGGCUGUGCAAAUAUUCUGGAUCGUAGUCUGUCAUCUUGCGUCAAUAGCCACUGUAGCACUAUCAGACACAUGUACUGCUCCACUAAACUUGACUGGCAGCGAUACGGAGCGGAUUAUGCAGAUCACUGACCCAUGCCGCUAUGACAAGUGGACUCGUCCCAACUUGCAAGGCAAGACAAAAGUCUUCACUCGCAUAUACGUCUACUUCUUGGGUUCGAUAGAAGCACAAAACUUGCAAUUCACAACGCAGAUCCUGCUGAGGUACCGCUGGAGGGAUGAGCGACUCAGUAAUGCAACUGCCGAGGUGAUGGAGGGGGAGAAUAUGUUAAUGGGUCGCAUCUGGACCCCCCAUCUCUACCUGGUCAAUGAACAAGAAAGUAAGGUGAUGGGCUCAGGUCGCCAAGAUGUCUUGGUGUCCAUCCAACCUGAUGGGACAGUACUUCACUCCACCAGAAUGAAAGUAACUCUUCUAUGUUUGAUGAAUCUCCAAAAGUUUCCUUUUGAUAAUCAGAGAUGUCCACUAGUUUUAGAAAGCUGGGCCUAUAACACCAGUCAACUGGAGUUGGGCUGGGAAGCAGACAGCCCAGUGAAAGUAAACAAAAAGCUACAACUGACAGAAUAUUCACUGAGACAAGUCUAUGUGAACACAUCUGAUGCACAGUACUCCAUCGAUGAAAAGGACAGUUCAGAGAACCUCAACUAUUACGGCAAAUUCGCUGGGAAUUAUAGCACUCUGACUGUCAGUUUUGAGUUGGAGAGACAGGUGGGCCACUACAUCAUGGACUACUAUGUUCCCAGCAUCCUUCUGGUGGUUGUGUCCUGGGUCACCUUCUGGCUCGACGCCAAUGCUGUCCCUGGUCGCACAACUCUAGGCACAAGUACAAUGUUGACGUUUAUCACUCUGUCAAGAAACAUUGGCAGCUCUUUGCCCAAAGUGUCUUACAUCAAAGCUACAGAAAUAUGGUUCAUAGUCUGCACAGGAUUUAUUUUUGGUUCCUUAGUAGAGUUUGCGUUCGUCAACAUCAUCUGGAGAAGAAAGAAAAAUGUUGAACUAAAGAAAGUGUCCAGUAAAUACAUAUUGAAGUCAACUUUAACACCCCAGUUAAACCGAAGGAACAACAAUUCCAGUUUAGGAGAAAAAUGCAAAUCAAUGUCUUCGUUGGAUUCACAGUUUGACACAACAUUGAAUUCUAGAGACCAUAGCCAAUUGACAGUGAUGUCACUGGACUCAAUACGCAGUGAACCGUUACCAAACAGCGGACGCAAGGACAGCCCCAACAAUCUGACAGUACCCACAAUACAGUUUGAGGAACCACAUCCGCCCCCACAGCCCAAAAGCUUCUUCACCAUGACUCCACAGGAGAUCGCACACUGGAUCGACCGCCGCAGUCGGAUAGUUUUCCCACUUGCGUUUGUCAUCUUCAACUGUUUCUACUGGGUUUUUGUUUGGUUCUAAAUUAUUUAUAUAAAUAAUCUUGCAUUUUUAAAUGUAGUAAACUUUGGUAAAAAACAACAUUGCUAGAUAUUUUCUCAUAUCAACACGAAAAGAGUAAUAAGUUAUCUAAAAUUGAAUGGUAGAAGGAGGACAUUUGAAAAUUUUAAUUUAACUUAAGUGAAUUAUUCACUAAAAUAUUUAUAUUUAUGUGUACACAAAAAAUAAUUCAACUAGAAAAUAUAGUUUUUCACUUAAAGCUCUUAUUUGAAAAUUUUAAUAAUUUUAGAAAUAUUGUCUGUUUUUAUCUUAAUUGAAGCAAAUAAAUAUAACUGUAAUGUGAAAAUUUUCAUUUUAUUGAUACUUUGGGGGAACAAAUAACUAAUGUAAACAUUUUAAGGAUGUUCUUCAACUCUUUAAGAAACGGCAAUACUUUCUACACCCCUCCAUAAAAUCAUCUCUAACACACUUGUCGUAAGGAUUUCACUUAUUGAUUUAAAAUCAUGGAAUCAAUUUCUUUGUUUAGAGAAAUGGGUUCUAGUAUUGAUUUCAUAAUAAUAUACUAUUCAAAAGAUACAUUCCAAAAACUAUGAUAAGUACUUAUUUAACAUUUUAGUUCAUUGUUUUGUAUUAAUAUUGUACAAGAUCUAUCUGUUAGAUAAUGAAUAGUAAUGGUUUUAAUGAUAUUAAUUGUAGGAUAUUGAAUAUUGAGUAUUAUAUCAUUUUAUUUUAAUUUGAACCAUGAGCAGGAUUUGGAGAUUCAUAUUGGUUGGGUCGGGGCUACAUUUUUCCAGAGGGUGCUGAAUACCUAUAAUGCUAUUAAGGAGCCAAUUUCAUAAACUUUUACAUCAUUUAGAAAAAGUGUUUGAUCUCUUGUAGGAUUAGUAACUAGUGCUGAAAUUCAAUUUACUCAUUUGUAGUAAUGAAUUAAAUUAAAUUAUGAAUAUAAGCUGGAAAUAAAGUGAUAACAUAUUCUCAUUGUCAGUUUAUUGAAGAUUUUUAUCACAAUGAUACACUUGAAUCCCCUUUAUAUUAGAGAAUUUUGGAAAAUAUGGUGACAAUCAUUUUUUUAUUGAAUUAAGUUAAUUCAAACUAAAUCCUUCAAGAUUCUGUAGGCUAUGAAAUAAAAUAUUUUUAACACGUUGUUACGUGUCUUUGUGAUAAAAUUCUGCAAAGACAGAUUUUCACUAAUAUUUUCUGUGAUUGGGGAAAAUAGGGGUGGGGCAUCGAUGUUAUCCUCAUCCCCUACCUCCACUACCUGUUUUGGGUAAAACCAGUCUGCAUCAGUCUUUGUUCUAAUAAUGAGCAAUUGUUAAGUUGAUGUUGGAUCAUUUUGUUAACGGAUGUGUAAUGACGGACUGUUGUUUUUGACUAUCGUGAGCAAUUCGAUAACAGGCAUAUACUUACUUUAUUAUUUUUAAAAUAUUUUAUGUAUAGCAGAAGAAUAAGCCAUCCAUUGAAGGCAAAGGAAACUUUUUUUGUUUUUGAAAUACUCUCCUAUUUCUUAUAUUCAUUUAUUACAUAGGUGUUGGUAGAUUACUACCACGUAUGGAAAUCUACAUGUUUUAAUUAAAAAUUAAUGUAUAUUUGUAAUAAGUAAAUAACACAACAUACACAAGUAUUUGAAGCCACAUUAAUGAGGUACAAAUAAUGUUUAUAGAUACUAAAGGAAUAUUAUUCAAAUAUAAAAUCAGCUCACUAUCAAGCAUUGGAAAUUAGAAAGUUUAUAGACUACAUUAGUUUUAAAAUUCAAUCCUCAUUUUUUCCAAAAACAAAUGGAGAGGAACUUUGUGAAAGUGACUAUUGACGCUACGAAACUAAAGAAUUUAAGUAAUUAAUUAUCUAUGUGUGGUCCAGAGCUAUAAUAAUAUGAUGGGUAUGAAACUAAUAGUAAAUUUGCUUUAUUGUCCUCAAUAUAUUUAUAAUUUGUUUUAAAUUUUUAGCCAGGAAAUGUGUGAGUUGGGAAUUUAAAUGCCAUCAUCAUAAACUAAAAGGUGUGAUACUAAGUACUAAAUCUGGAGAUUUAUAAUAGGUACUAAGGCGCUAAGACUGGCCCUUACAACUAAAAUUUGUUUUUACUUACUCAUGAAAUUGGAGUAGGUUCCAAAUUUCUUUAUUAGAACCGAAGGUUUGAUAUGGAAGUGUUGUAGUAGACAUUAAACAUAUGAGUGAUUGAAAUACUGUAGUUUUGGCUGACCAUUAAGUUAGUCUGGAAGUACAUGCCUGCCAGACAAAAUUGUAUCUGUUAAAAAUAGGCCAAUUGUUUAUAAAUCAAAUUUUGCACUCAACUACCAUGUAACUGCUACAUAAUUAUUGAAGAAAUAGGGUAACUGAUUCCCUGUCCUCUGCCAAAUCUUGCUUAUGGUUGAACUGUGUUACAUUACUUAGAUUGAUGUAGUUUAAAAGAUUCUCAUUGAUGAUCACAAAGGCUAAAAAUGCCUUUGUUCAAAUGUGCUUUAGUAGAAUAGGUUUAAGUGCUGUGAUGGUGAUUAUAUUGAAUUAAUUUGCCAAAUUUAUGAUAACAGCAUUGAUAUGUGUUAAAAACUAGUCAACUUAUUAGUCAAAAAUCUUAUGAUAGUUAGCUUUGUAAGUUUUAGCCGAAUAGUUUAAUUUUGAACGAUGACAAGACUAAAAUGAUAGAAAUGUUUUAGGAUAAGUAAAGCAGAAGGAAUAUACAUUUUUUCAGAAUUUGUACCUAAAAACUAGCAUUACAUAUUUUUUUGACUUACACUAAAACAUUUACAAAGAAAAUAUGUUACCUGCAGAUUUCUUACCACUCUUAGUGAUGAAAAUGCUUAAAACUGAGUUAUAAAUUUAUUUUAAUUAACUUGUGUGGAUUGAAUUUUGGCUUUUUAUGGCUAUGUAAUUUUUUGUAUAAUUUAUACAUACCGUACUUUAAAUAGUUUAAAUGAAACCAAAAUUAUUAUUAAAAUAACUAAAGAUAGUUUUAAGAUAGCUUUUGUACAAACCUAUAUAUUAGUGAAACAAUAGAUAUAAGUGAGAUAGAAAGUUAGUAAACUGUAAAUAUAAACCUGACUCGGAUCGUAUACAGGUUGUAAAUUAUAUUAAAUUUGUCGAUUAAAAA